AUGGGUGUCAGUCUAAUAUGUAGCGCCGCAACUCAGGACCAGUGCGUUCGAUCAGCGAAUUUUACAAAGCGCGCCGCCUGUCAGCCCCGCUGCGCAUACCAUCGCAAAACACAGAAACCGGCGACGGGAAGACGGAUUGACGCGAAUGGAUGUCAGCUAAUAUGUAUCGCCGCGUCUCGUGAACAAAACGCCUCGCGUACCACCGCAAAACGCAGAAACCGGCGACGGGAGGACGGAUUGACGCGAAUGGAUGUCAUCCUAAUAUGUAGCGCCGCGUCUCAUGAGCAGUGCGUUCCCUCAGCGAAUUUUAAAAUCGCGCCGCCUGUAAGACCCGCUGCGAGUACCACCGCAAAAGACAAAGACCGACCCGCCUCGCGUACCACCGCAAAACGGCGAGACCGGCAAGCUGAGGACGGAUUGACGCGAAUGGAUGUCAGCCUAAUAUGUAGCGCCUCGUCUCAAGACCAGUGCGUUCGAUCAGUGAAUUUUACAAAUCGCGCCGCCUUUAAGACCCGCUGCGCGUACCACCGCAAAAAACAAAGACCGGUGACGCGAAGACAGAUUGACGCGAAUGGCGCCGCGUCUCAGAGCAGUGCGUUCCAUCAGCGAAUUUUACAAAGAGCACCGCCUUUUAGACCCGCCUCGCGUACCACCGCAAAACGGAGAGACCGGCAAGACCCGCUGCACGUAACACCGCAACACGCAAGACCGGUGACGGUACGACGGAUUGACGCGAAUGGAUGUCAGCCACGUCUCAUGAACAGUGCGUUCCAUCAGCGAAUUUUACAAAGAGCGCUGCCUUUUAGACACGUUGCGCGUACCACCGCAAAACGGAGAGACUGGCAAGGUGAGGACGGAGUGACACGAAAGGAUGUCAGCCUGAAAUGUAGUGCCGCGACUCAAGACCAGUACGUUUGA